GAAUGAAAGCAGGGACGUCCAGGUUGGGAAAUGCAAGGCGGCGGUGAGAUUCUCUGCCUGGAUAAAAUGCCUGUUCCGAGCUCUGGAAUGCUGUGAAGACUCCCAGCCCAGGCACACUCCUCUCCGGAUUAUCUCCAUCCCAAGGAAGCUCGUAUCCAAGAGAGUUCCCGGUCUUCCAGCAUGAAUCCUGUUUACAGCCCCGUCCAACCUGGGGCUCCCUACGGAAACCCGAAGAACAUGGCCUACACAGGUUAUCCAACAGGCUAUCCCACUGCUGCCCCAGCCUACAAUCCCAACAUGUAUCCAACCAGCAGCCCCGGCUAUGCCCCAGCCACACUUCUGAUGAAGCAGGCCUGGCCCCAGACCUCCUCGUCCUGCGCCACCGAGGGCACCUUCCACCUCCCUGUGGACACGGGCACGGAGAACAGAACCUACCAGGCUUCUUCUGCAGCCUUCAGGUACACUGCGGGGACUCCCUACAAGGUGCCACCAACCCAGAGUAACAACGCCCCUCCUCCCUACUCGCCGUCUCCGAACCCGUACCAGACCGCGAUGUACCCCAUCAGAAGUGCCUACCCACAGCAGAACCUGUACACCCAGGGAGCUUACUACACCCAGCCCGUGUACGCGGCCCAGCCUCACGUCAUCCACCACACCACGGUGGUGCAGCCCAACAGCAUCCCCUCGGCCAUCUACCCCGCGCCCGUGGCCGCGCCGCGCACCAACGGCGUGGCCAUGGGCAUGGUGGCUGGCACCACCAUGGCCAUGUCAGCAGGAACCUUGUUGACCACCCCCCAACACACCGCCAUCGGAGCACAUCCAGUGUCCGUGCCAACGUACAGGGCUCAAGGAACCCCCACCUACAGCUACGUACCUCCACACUGGUAAACCACUGGCCAAUCCAUAUCCGGAGUCAAACAUUGUAUGCAACUACACAAGUCUUACAUCGGUGCUGCGGCCGCUGGGCUGCAGCGCCUCGUCUGUUUGCAAGAACAAAAGAAAAAAAAAAAAGUGCAAGGGUCACUUUAUGCAUUCUUUAGUGGUUUUUGUAAAAGCUGCUUUUUCUAAUCUUCUGCCUCUUUUUUUCCCCCCUUCCUCCCCCUCCCACAUGAAUUGUGUACCACACAUACUGACACUGAGCAAUAGUUGAGUUCUCUCUUCGGUCCUAUCAUUUGAAAGCUCAGAAUCUUCACUUUUCCAGCAUUGCCCAGCUGAGUGGUGCAAAGAUCCCCCCACUUCUUGUUCGUUUGGGUUCUUUCUGUUCUUUUUCUGUUGUCGUUGUUGUUGACAAGAGCCUAGAUUUUUUUUGGCUAGUAAGAGUGGUUGAUGUUCAGGGUACUAUGUGAAAAGCACAGCGCUGGUAGGCAGGCUUAUUCCGAUUUGGUUUGGGUAUUUUUAGUUGAAGAAUAUAAAUUAUUCAAUCUUUCAUAACAUAUUACAAGAAAAUUGGUGUCUUCCAGAUAGCUGUCGUGAUAGAUUAUAAAUGCAUUAUCUGCAGUGGAAUUCUGAACUCAUCCCUUCUUUUUGUAGGAGUAAGAGAAUAUAAAUAUAAUUAGCAACGUAACACACUUGUCUUAGGAAGCACGAGGACUGGUCACCAGCGGGUCUUUGGUCUGCUUUUUCCAACUGGGCACACGGAUCAUGGGUGAUGGGAAGGGAGCAGCAGGAAGAUGCAUGCCCUGGGAGCAUCUGGAACCCCUUGGGAGAACGGGAUGCUCCCCUCAGCCACGUCCUGGGGCAGUGUGGGGGAGAAGGAGGCUCCUUCCUUGCGUGGCUGCUGCUUGCAGGCACAGAUGUGCUGGGCAGCUGCUGAGGGAAGCAAGGAGAUGUCCAAAGGUUGGGCUGGAGAGCUUCUCCACGUCCAAGGAUUGAUCUGGAGAGCUUCUCCAGGUCCAAGGGUUGAUCUGGGGAGCUUCUCUCAGUUUAGGGCUUGGUCUGAAGAGCUCCUCUAGGUUCAGAGUUUGGUCUGAGGAGCUCCUCCAGGUUCAGGGUUUGGUCUGAGGAGUUCAUCCAGGUUUAGGGUUUGGUCUGAGGAGUUCAUCCAGGUUUAGGGUUUGGUCUGAGGAGCUUCUCCAGGUUUAGGGUUUGGUGUGAGGAGCUUCUCUCAGUUUAGAGUUUGGUCUGAGGGGCUUCUCCAGGUUUAGGGUUUGGUCUGAGGAGCUUCUCUCAGUUUAAGGUUUGGUCUGAAGAGCUUCUCCAGGUUCAAGGUUUGGUGUGAGGAGCUCAUCCAGGUUCAGGGUUUGGUCUGAGGAGCUUCUCCAGAGUAUGGUGGUGUGGGAAAAGAGGGUGUCUGGUUGAUGGAGAUGAGUCUUCAAGGCAGGGCAAGGGGAAGAUGGGUGGCUUCAGCUUGCACCCGCGGUGUUGGCACUGCCUCCAUGGCAGUUGAGGUGUCCCCCUCCCGUUCUUUGGGUUGCAGCUCCAAGACUUCCAGGAGGAAUGUUCACCCAAGCACAAAUACCAGCACCAGGGAGAAAGGCCGGGGAGGAGGAGGAUGUCUGGCUGCUCUGCUUGGAGGGGUGGCAGAGGAGGAAGCAAUAGCAAUAAACACGUCGCCUCCUUCACGGGAAGGCACCUGAGCAGAGGUGACAGCAGGGAAGGUGAUCCACAGUUGGCAUGGAGCAGGGUGGGGGACACCAGGCACGCAGAGGCUGUGGGCAUCAGGGUCAUUUGGAGGGGUUUGGCUUACCUGGGACAUGGGGACAGGGAGCUGGUGACAGCCCCCCUCGGGGUGUCCAAGUAGAGCAAUAAGUUGUCUCGAGGGCAGCAGAGGCAGUUUGGAUUUGCAGACAAUGCUUGUGGCCAGUUUGUUUUUAAAUCCUUGUCACUAAACCCAGCAUAGAAACAAGGUUUUUGGGACUUUUUUGGGUUUUUUUUUUUUAAAGACAAAAGCUUGGUUGGGUUUUGAUUUUUGCCUCAAGUGUGCCAAAAGUGUUCCAUGCUCUCGGUGGAGUCUCCCAGCGUGGCUUCUGCUCCUGGAGCUCCUUCCCUUGGGCAUGGGGCAGGUGGGGAGUAACAAGCCUAGGGAUCCCAGGAGGAUUUUCCCUCCCACUGGCUGGUCCCAGGAGUUUGUCAGGUUGGGUGUUGGCCCUUCUGUUUGGGGGCGAUUUGGUUGAUUCUGCUGGUUUUGAAGGAAAUCUAGAGCAAAGCUCUGGUUGAUCUCCUCAGCCCUGAGAGGAACAAAGUGGGGGAAGACUGUGCUGUGGGGUGGGGAAGGGGCACCCUUGGGCUGCACUUUGGGGUGGUAUUGAGGGAAAGGAGAAGGAAAAAAGAGCAAAGGAGCCAAUCAUCAGUAGAUUCCCUAUUUGGCUUGAUUAGUAAAGAGCAACAGACCUUGGGAAAUAACACCAACACAUCAUCCUUGCUCUGUUUGUAGCACAUUGCAGUUAAACCUGGGCCAAAAAAUCCCCAGAUCCUAAGAAUUGAAGAGUUCUGAGAUCCCUUUUUUCCCUCUCAUGUUUGUGUUACACACCAGGAGCUGUCUGUCAGCAUUGAGCCAGGUCUCCCAGCAUAGUGGCAGUCUGGUUUGUGGGGUCCCUGAGCUUUGGGAUCCCAGCCUGGGCUCUGCAAACAACCUGAACCAGCAGACACCAUCCCACCACUGUCCCAGACGCCACUUUGGGAACCACUCCUAAAAUUCGGACCUGGGUGUGGAAAGGAGAUGUUGGGCUUUCUACUGGAAGGAAAAGAAACAUGAAAGGUGGGGAGAAAGCCCCAGGAGGGGAGCGUGGUGGAUCACGCAGUGUUCCCACUGACACAGGGCAGUUGGGUUUUAAUUCCUUUGCUUGGAUCAAUAGCAGAUCCAGAGCUCCUCAUCCCAUUAUUCCCAGGCAGAAAUACUCAUUAACCAAAGCGUGGAGUGGUGAAAUAUUUGCCACCUGUUGGGCCAGAGGCUUCAGUGAGGACAUUUGGUGACCAGCCUUGAGGCACUGUGUGGAACCAGGGCCACCACACAGUGCCAGGCUUGGGUGGCUCCUUCCCAAGGUGGGGAGAUGCUCCCUGCCCUUCCCUUGGUCCCAAGUCCUUCCCUUGGUCAAGUCUUGGCUUAACUGAGGGUCCUGGGAAGGUCACAAUGGGGGACACUGGUGGGGGCCACCAGCUUCUCAGAUAUUUCAUUCCAGCAAAGCUUUGCUGAUGUUGGUGAAGGAAAAGGGAUUUCCACAGUGAAGGAUCACUCUGGGCAUCAGUGAGAAAGAGCAGGAGGAGUUAAACCAUCCUCAGCAGCCACUGAAGUGUCUGAGAUUAAAAUUCCAGCUAAAGAGGAAGGGAAAAUAACUCUGAACCAUUAACCCAUCCCAGACCUUACCUUUACUUCAAAACACAAUCUGCAAUGCAAGAUUUGGGGGGAAAAAUAGGAUUUUAGUGGUGGUGGUGACCCCCAAAGCCCAGGAGCCCCUUGAAGCCUGAGGCCAUCAUGCCUCCAAGUGGCUGAACCCUCCAGGCAAGGAUUUGCUACUGCAUUUUAUGAAUAAUAAAUCACUCAGUUCAGCAUGGUUUCAGUUUUGGGAUGUAAUUCCCAGGAAAUGUUAUUUAAGGGGUUUGUUUUAAUGAGGGACGUUCAGAGCAUCAGGUUUUCCUCCAGCCACCAACAUCCCCCUGAAUCUGGUCCUUCCCAGAGAGACCCCCUGACUCUUUGCCAUCCCCUCUGGGAACGUGGGGAUGAUGUGGUUCCCAGCUGGAGAGCAUCAAAUGGGAUCCUGGCUUUUCAGCAGGGUGGAAAACAACAUUUGAGGCUUUAUUUUUGGUAAAAUCCAACCAGCCAACAAUAGCAAUAAGAGCUGCUGGAUACCCAUAAAUCCAGGUAUUUUUGAUUUGGCCUUAUUUUUGAUUUGGGCUUUUUUUUUUUUUAAUUGACAAUAUUUUCAGGCCCUCCAGCUGUGGUGACCCUCUGCCCAUCUUCCCUUCACUUUGCUCCCAAGCCAGGAUCAGCCUCCAAAUAUUUUCUCUGCUGUGUGUUAGCAUUCCCUUAGGGGAAAAAAAAAAAGAAAAUAAA